CCAGAAAAGAUGUCGGAUGCAGAUUGGGCAGGUUUGGAUCGGAAAGCUAUGUCCGUGAUCCGUCUCUCGUUGACCAAGAAUGUUGCGUUCAACAUUCUGAAGGAGAAGACAGCGAAGGGAAUUAUGGACGCGCUGUCUAACAUGUACGAGAAGCCAUCUGCAGCAAACAAAGUUUUUCUGAUAAGAGAGCUGGUGAACACAAAAAUGAAAGAAGGCACUUCAGUUACCGAGCAUAUCAACAAGUUGAAUUCGAUCUUAGCCAGACUAUUGUCAGUGGGCAUUAAGUUCGAUGAUGAAGUUCAAGCUUUACUACUGCUAUCGUCUUUACCUGAUAGUUGGUCCGGAACGGUUACAGCAGUUACCGGUUCAGUGGGACCUGAUGGAUUCACCUUUGAUCAGAUUCGAGAUCUCGUUCUUGGCGAGGAUGUCAGAAGAAAGAGUUCGGGGGAGUCAUCUGGUGAAUUGCUUCAUGUUGGCAGAGGCAGAAGAAAUAGCAGAGGUAGUGGGAGCAAGAACAGACAAAGGAGUCAGUCGAAGACUCGUGACAGCUCAGGUGUAACGUGCUGGAAAUGCAAGGAGGUAGGGCAUUUUAGGAAUCAAUGUCCGAAUGACAAGAAAGUGAACAUUGCUGAAGGCUCUGCGAGUGACGAGGAGGUCACUUUGACUUGUUGUGAGGAAAGCAAUGUGGAUUCCUGGGUCAUGGAUUCUGGUGCUUCAUUUCAUGCUACCCACAGCGGUGAAGCAUUGCAGAAUCCAGUUGUUGGAGAUUUUGGAAAGGUACGACUAGCAGACGACAGAGCUCUUGAGGUGACGGGCAUGGGUGACAUGGUGUUGAAGACCUCAGUCGGUCUCUGGACUUUGAAGGAUGUUAGAGUGGUUCCAGCCUUGAAGAAAAGUUUGAUUUCUGUCAGGCAGUUGGACGAACAGGGACACGAGGUUAAGUUCAGAGAUGGGCAGUGGAAGGUCGUGAAGGGAAAUCUUGUCAUAGCCCGUGGAAAGAAGAGAGGUUCGUUGUACAUGGUCGGGUUACCAUCUGAGGGAGUGACCGUCCCAGUUCAGAAGAGAAACAAAGUCCGAUUCACAGAGUCUCGUGGGCAGAAUAAGGUUGUCUAUGCAAGAGAGAAACCUAGAGCCACAGGUCAGACUCAGGAUGAACGAGCGUGGAAAGGUUCAAGGGGGCCAGUCAGAGGUAUUUAUGGCAGUGGGAGCUCAAGAGGCGCUUCAGCCAAGUUGCCUAGAAGACAGUGGGUCAGGAGAACCAGUAUUCCAUCUGUUGGAACAUCUCCAGAAAAUUUCUUGCUGAGUAUGGAGAGUGUUUGUUCUCAGGAUAUUCCAGGAUCCGGCAGUGUGCGUCCGCAGUGGGAGCCGGUAGGGACCGAGGACGAGUCAGGGACAGACUUUGCCGUGACUGAUGUGUUGGAUCUUGGGAGAGCUUCAACGGGCCUUUCAGUUAGAGGGAAAAUGGAGAAAAGAAGAGCUAGAGAAGAAGUAGAAGAAGAAAAUAAUGGAGCAGCUGAAGAGUACGAGCAGUACAGAGCUCAGAGAAUAAAAGCGAACAUGGAGCGAAUGAAGAAUUUGGGGCUUUUUGAGCUUUCCAAGAGGCUCAAACCUGAAAAUCCCCCAAAAGCCUCUCGUAAAGCACCUCAGAAGCGCCCUCCUUCCAAUGACCCCCUCCGGCGCUCCUCCAGGUUGACCACGAGGGCUCCUGUGAAUUAUUCAGAGCGAAGAGAACCUAAGGUAAGGGAGAAGUUUCCAAAGAACGUGAAUAUUUGUAUAGCAGAGGGCGAAAAGCCUGAGGUGUACACAGAAGAGCACAAAAAGUUGCUAGGUGAUUGCAAGAACAACUGGACUCUGUAUGAAGACGGGUACGAUGAAGAUGGAAUGCGCCUGUAUGACCCAGACAUUGGGAAGAGUUGCCACCAAUGCAGGCAGAAAGUUAUGUGUAAACACACUGAAUGCAGGAAGUGCAAGACGACCCAAGGGCAAUUAUGUGGAGAUUGCUUAUACAUGAGGUACGGGGAGAAUGUGAUAGAAGCAAAUGAAAAUCCAAACUGGACUUGCCCUGUCUGCCGUGAUAUAUGCAACUGUAGUCGUUGCAGACGUGGAAAAGGAUGGGCUCCCACUGGUGCAAUAUAUAAUAAGGUCUCCAGCAUUGGUUACAAAUCUGUGGCACAUUAUCUUGUUUUAACAAGUUUGCAAAAAGGGAAGGGAGAUGAAAACUUGGGCGAUGCAAAUGCAGUUUCUAAUGAACCAGAUGGAGACAUGAAGGAAACAGUUGAAAAACACAGUCAAAUGGAAGAAGAAGAAGAAGCAUGGAGUCAUGGCAGUGAAGUUGAAGAUGCUACUGGAGACGAGGACUCGGAGUAGUGAUCAUCAGGGUGUGAUGCCCCUUUUUAUGAUAUAUCAUAUUUUUGUGUUUAACUUAGGCAAGUGUUAACCAAAUUUCCAAACUCUAUUUUUGUGUCAAUGGGUAACAUUCCCUUUGUCCCUAUUUUAUCUUCCUUUUCUUUUUUUAUCCAACCCAAGAUUAUCUACUCUUUCUUUUGAAGGAAAUGAUUCUACAGUUCAUACACUUUCUCUCACAUCUAGACUGGAUGACUCUUAAGUGUUAACUACAUAAAUUUUACUUUAUUAA